CGAGGGCGCUGGGCAGGGGCGCGGAAGGCCGCCGCCUCGCUGAGAAGAUGGGCUCGGUCAUGGACGGCUCCGGCAUGCGCCUCAUUCACCUCGCCGCCCUCGGCGGGAGCCUGCCCGUGUGCCGCUACCUGCUCGAGGACCUCGGGUUGGACGUUGAUGUCGAGAGCCCCUUCGGCGCAACUGCUAUUGAGGCUGCUAUGGCCCGUCAGAAUGUUGAGUUGGUGCGUUAUUUCCUUGAUCGAGGUGCUAACACAGGGAAGCUCGACACAGAAGGGCGUACUCUUCUCCAUUUCGCCUCCAAAGUAGGAAACUAUGAAAUAGUAAAGCUCUUACUCUUGAAAGGAGCUCACGUUAAUGCAAUAAAUCUUGGUGGGACAGCACUACAUAUUGCUGCUUCUAGUGGGCUUGAUGAUAUUGUGAAGAUUUUGUUGGACCACGGUGCAGAUCAUAAUAUAGCUUUGAGUGGUACUGAUUAUACAGCUCUUGUUCUUGCUACUAUCGCACGCUCAACGAAAUGUGUUAAGCACCUGCUUGAGGCUGGUGCUGAUGUGGAUGGUAUUGGUAAAGAGACACCCUUAAUGAUCGCGGCCACUGCUGGCUUGACUGACAUCCUUAAGUGCUUGGUUCUGGCUGGUGCAGAUGCUAAUGUUACUAACACUUAUGGGUUCACUCCUAUAGAAAUUGUUGCACUUUCUGGUAGGCGUGAAGAUGUCGAAAUUCUAUUUCCAUUCACUUCACGUUUGUCUAAUGUGCGUGACUGGAGUGUCGAUGGAGUUAUUAGGCAUGCAAUAUCAGUGCCCCCAGCGAAGGAAGCUAUGCUUGCUAGUGCUAAAUCUAAAGCACACAAGGCGUUCAAGAAUGGGAACUAUCUUGUUGCAACAAAAAAUUAUGACGAGGCAAUGAGACUUGACCCUGGUAAUGUGACCUUGCUUUCAAAUAGGAGCCUAUGUUGGCUUCGCUUUGGUAAUGCGAGGAAGGCCUUGAAUGAUGCUCAACUUUGCAAGAUGAUGCGACCUGGCUGGCCAAAGGCCUGCUAUCGUGAAGGAACUGCUCUGAUGUUACUGAAGGACUAUGAAAAGGCUUGUGGUGCAUUUCUUGAAGGUGUUAAAUUGGAGCCAUGGAACGCAGAGAUUGAAGAAGGGUUACGAGAGGCCUUGGAAUCCUUAAAGACAUCUGGCAGUUGCACCAGAAAAGAUUUGCUGGAUCAGCACCAGCUAGUAGGCACUGUAAACUAGCACUGCUGACAGAAGAAACGGAGGUGCCCUGUUUUACUGCCCCGUAGAGCGUGGCUGCAGGCUUUGAACGAGACAAGUAGGUUAUGUUAGUUCUUUGAUGACCUUUUGCUAAUCCUCAUCAACUGAAUCGUGUGAAUCUGUGAUUCUGCGAUUGGGAUUUUCGGGGCAAAUGCUGUUUCGUACUUUGAUGGCUUCGUUGGCACGAAAGAGUUUUCCCAUUGACCAAUUUCUGAAGUAAGUGGAUUGUCGGAUUGACUUGGACCUUCUGUUCUUUGUUUUGGGCCUCUGUGAAGCCAAAUAUCCUCUUCUAUCUCUGCUGGAAUUGAUACGUGUAAUGUGGUCUUAUAAUGUAUAUGUAUGGUUGAAGUCCUUGGAAUGUUUAGCCCAAACUCCUACGGAGUAAUAUUUACCAAAAUUGUCUUAAAAA